AUGAAGCUCCUAGCGUUCAUUCUGUUGGGAUGUAUUUCAUCCGGUUUUGCAUCUUUGGUGUUACAACAUCGGGUUCCAACAUGCUGGUCGAUUCUGGCUUGCUUACAACAACUUAGUUCUGGCCUGGAGUCCGCGACGGUCACUUCAGCUGUCGACAACGACAUCGCAGUAGUGACAAUCGAGACUGACACAAUCAAACAUUAUUACAUUGUCCGGUCAGAGCCUUCUGUCGAUGAACUGCGAUUCAUUGCUCGUUUGUCAAAGGACGAACUUCCGAAUGGAAAUACCAAAUCUGAAGUAAAUGGCGGUACGGCCAUCGAGGGUUCUGACGUCUUUGAGUUGGGCGGAGACCCGAUCCAAGUUUUAUUCCAGCAUACGUAUCGACAGUCAGGGAAGCACUCAACAGGAAGUUUAUUUCUACACGAAUUCCAAACCAACGGAGAGCUAUCGUACCCGAUUUUUCGGACCGUAGGGCUUGGCGUGCAUUUCGAGAUAUGCCCUGGUAAUGAUGAGUGGAUCAGCCCCUUCAGACAACUUCGACAUGAGCUUCAUGAAGAUCUUGGUCUUGAGGGCUACGUAGCGUCUUCGGACCGUUGUACCGUGUCUGGCACGUAUUCGGAAACCUUGUCUAGUGUCGACGUGACUAUUGGAUUCAGUAACGAUGAUGUACAAUACUGGACUCCAGCAUUCGCGGCUCUGGACCAAGGGGAGCUUGCAGCCGGGACUGCCAGUGUCACUGUGGAAGCUGGAUCAAGUGCUACCUUGGAAUUGUCGUCUUCCCUUGAUGUCCCCGAUACCAUUUGGAACUUUGGUACCGUUGAUGGCACUCCCUCCGGUUCCUUGAACGCCGAUCUCAUUGAAAGGAUGCAUCCGUCGGAUUCGAGAAUGAGCGACUGGGUUCCAGUGAUGUUCACUUAUCAGUUCGAGCUCGAAGUCUGA